AUGGAUCCCAACAACACGGUUGUCAAUUUAUCCUUAGUCUCUUUAUCUGAGGACGAAACUAAAGUCUUGUCCAAGGGAUUGAAUUUUUGCCCUACUCCCAAUAACAUAGAUGAUAUGAAAUUGGGAGAUGACCUCGAUAACUUUGCUAGAACCCUCAGAAUCAAAGAAUAUUUUGGUAACAAGGAUAAAGAGGUGGAUAAUGAGGAGGACACAGACACGUCUGACUUGGAGGAAGAAAUCAUAAUUCCGCAUUUUAAAAAGAAGAGUUCAUGGAUUCCAAAACCUAGUAAAUCUUUUACACUGGAAGAUGUUAUCGACAAAAUCAAAUCGGAUGUUGUUCAUCUAGCUAGCAACAAGUACUCGUCAUUUUACAACACCUCUCCUGACGAGAAAAAAGCCAUACAAUCGCUGAGAAACCGAGAUGAUAUUGUGAUAAAACCAGCAGACAAGGGCAGUGCCGUUGUGAUAAUGGACAAAGCUAACUACAUCGCGGAAGCAGUGCGUCAGCUCUCUGAUGAGAGAUUUUAUAAGAAGCUAGACUAUGACCCUAAUUCCCAGUUUAGCUCCAAAAUUAUCACUGCGUUACAAACCAUGUACAAUGACGGUCACAUAGAUGAGGAUACAAUUGGUUAUUUAAAGCCAGAGAAUGCCAAGCCUGGUCGAUUGUAUCUUCUUCCCAAAAUACACAAGGUCAACAACCCUGGUAGACCCAUUGUAUCCGCAAACGGCCAUCCGACUGAGAAAAUCUCGGAAUUCGUCGAUUUUCAUUUAAGAUCUCAUGUAGAAAAUCUUCCUUCCCACAUUCAAGACACUACAGAUUAUCUUCGUAAAAUGGAAUCCAUGAACCCUCUUCCUCCGGAAACCCUCCUUGUCACUUUAGAUGUCACCUCAUUGUAUACCAACAUACCUCAUGAUGACGGCAUACAAUCUUGUAGGGAAAUAUGGGACUCGCGCAACAUUUUAGAACCACCUACUGAAUGUUUAGUCCAGCUGCUUAAUCUGGUCCUGAAAUGCAACAAUUUUACCUUUAAUGGUGAGCAUUACCUUCAAAUUAACGGGACAGCGAUGGGGACGAAAAUGGCACCGUCUUACGCCAAUAUUUUCAUGGGCAAAUUAGAAAAACAAAUUAUUGCAACAUCUUUAUCCAAACCUUUGUCUUGGUUCCGUUUCAUUGAUGAUGUUGACAUGAAAUGGAUUGAAUCUCAACAAAAACUGGAUGAUUUCAUCAGACAUGCAAACAACGCCCACCAUUCAAUUAAAUUUACGUAUGAAAUUUCCGACUCUAAGAUAUCUUUCUUAGACACAACCACAUCUAUAAAGGACGGUGUCAUAUCAACAGACCUCUACUGUAAACCCACAGAUAAACAUCAAUACCUUUCUCCCCAAAGCUGUCACCCAAAACACUGUACAAAAAGUAUCCCGUACAGUCAAGCUCUCAGAGUCAAGCGGAUUUGCUCCUCUGAGGAGGCUGUCACGAAACGGUUACAGGAACUUCGCGGAUUUUUGACAAAACGAGGUUAUAAGAAAUUGGACAUAGAUAAGGGGUUUGAGCGCGCUAGCAAUAACAGCCGCAAUGACCUCUUACAGUACAAACGGAAGAAGCGCAGCAAAAUAGUCCCGUUUGUUCUUACAUACAAUCCAGCCUUUAAUAACCUUUCACGUUUGAUCCGUGCCAAUUGGCAAACUAUUGCCAAACACCCUAAAUUAUCCAAGAUCUUUCCCAAUCCUCCUGUCUUAGCUUUUCGGAGACCAGCAAGUCUGAAAGACUUAUUUGUUUCUACCAAUAAAUUUGAUAAGAAGAAGAGACCAAAAGGAUAG